AUUAUUUCAAUUCAAUUUUAAUUGUGAAUCCUAGUAAAUUCCUCAUCAUUGUAUCAUUAUCUUUUUUUUUGCUAAAUACAUUGAUAAAUUAUUAUCUUUUUACAGGCUGGCAAUGUCAAAUGGCUCCAGCGAUUGCCGGCCACAGCGAUGGCCUCCUGCAGCCCGGACUCUACGACUUCCAGGUCGGCAUGCAGCUGGCCGAUGUCCCCGGGAAGGACGUCGGCUUCCAGGUAGACGGUCGCCUCUCCCUGCACGUGGCCUGGGAUGACCCACGCCAGCGCCGCAAGCUCUUCCUCGCACAGUUGAAAGGACCAAGCUUACAGAUAAAGUCGCGCAAAGCGCCCAGCCCUGAUGGCUUUGUGACGCACUCGUCCAAGCUGGAUGACGCCGUCAACAGCGUGUUUCUGGUCUCUUGGCACGAUGGACGGGUGCCUGCCAUCUAUGUCGAUCCUAAAGAACACGUCUCACUUAUCAACCUCAAAAAAGGCAUUGCUAGUAUGCUUCAGUUUCAGCUUAAGGACGGUGAGUUCGAAGAAUUUGAUGCAUCUGGUCUAUGCAAAACUGUUUACCGAACAAUCCAUCCUCAUCAUAUCCUAAAAGUAAAGAAACUGUGCGAUACAUCAUCUACCUCAACCAACAAUAGUCAUAAUGAUCAGAUAUGGGGAGUAACUGUAAGCUCAAAACGGGAAUCUCUCAUAGAGCUUUCCAGUGACUUUAAAAAAGUCAUAUCAAUAUCCUCAGAGGAAACACAUAAGAUGUAUUUGUCUGUCUACCAAGAAGCUGGGGGUUAUGUUACAGCAAGGCAACAUCUGAAACUAACUGAUGGUGAGGAGAAUGAGGUGAUUUCAAUCUCAGCAGAAUCUAAAGAUGAAGCAGUUAAAGGUGUUGAAGAACAAUUCAAAAUCACGCUCUCUAAAGAAGAUCUCAAAUUGAAGAACGAAAACACUCAUUGCCAAGAUGGUAAUUGCUCGACCUUCCUAAAAGCGUUGAAGGAAAACAAAGAUCAUUUAAAAACUAAGUAUUUGGGAACAAUGCGAUCAGCUACUGCUUUCAUUCGGCUGCUACCUCUUGCAAGACAAGCCAGUAUGGACGAUAUACACAAAGCUCUGAAAAGCUCAAAGAACACUCAUAUUUUGCCUCAGCUGUACGACAUUGUGGGAGCGGCGCAGACCGAGGCGGCGCACGGCGCUGCAAUGAAGCAGCUGCAGUUCGACUCGGAGAGUGGCUUCGACCUGGCUGAGCGCUACCUGUGGGCGCUCUCAUUCGGAAAUCAUCCUCUAAAACAUGUACUUUCAGAUAUUAGGAAGCUGACUGUGAAGGAUAAGUUCGACCAGAAGCUAGUCGAGACCAGUAUCCUAACACUAUCAACUAUUGUAAAUAAAUUGAAAAAUACAAAAUCCAACGAAGAUAAUAAUGAAUCAAAGACAAUAGAAGAAGUUGAAUCAGAACUGAGGAAUGGCCUUUCAAAUUGUUCAGAGAAAGAUGACAGCUGUAAAGUCAUGUAUUUGAGAGCACUCCAAAACUUGAAUGACGAAACCUCUGUCCCAGCCCUCAUAACUUACGCGCUUCAAGGUUCAAAAAAAGUAAGUGUUCGAGCUAUGAAAACGUUGAGGUCGAUGAGUCCUUCUUUUUGGAAUGAGGAUGUUUUAAAAGCGGCAGAACACAUCUAUUUCCAAAUGGGAAGGAAGUACGACAGCAGUGCUCGCACUCUGGCCCUUGACGUUCUACUAGAAUCGAAGCCUUCGGAAAAACUUUUAAAGCUCCUGAUUGGCUCGUUGGCCAGCAGCGAUUCAGCUUACGAAGUGAAGCAGUAUCUCAUGCAGAGGAUGAACCAAAUAGCUUAUAGAGAUGAAAAGUUUCUUGAAACUGUAAAGGACAUAUUUUCAUCGUUGAAUCUCAAUAAUUACAAUAUACUGGCUCAGAAAGGAUUAUCGACAGCCUUCACACGUUUCUUCAUGACUGGUUCAGCUGCGAAUGGAAGUCUGUCGACGGUUCAAGAAAUACAAAACGGAAUUGUAAAACGAGGUCUUGUUGAUAUAGUUCUUGAUCAGAGUGGCAGACAUCAAAGUAUAUUCACUCUAGGUCUGUUUGCGGGUGGCCUUGGCUCGUUCAUUUCGUCUGAUGAGGAGGCGAGUGUGGGGGCGGGAGAGGAGGAGGAGGAAGAGGUGGCGACUGCUGGGAUGGAGCUGACUGUGCUUGGAGUGCAGGUGCGUCCGUUCGUCUUCUUCUCGGGCCAGGGAGACCUCAUGGGCCACGUCUGGUCGGGCACUGCUUCCGAACGCACUCCCGCUUUCCAGGCGCUUUUACUUCUGCAAGAUUAUACACAACAGAUUCCACUUGAAUCCGGCUUCGUAGCAGAACUCAAUUUUGUUGGUGGAGUCUCUUUCGAUUUAUCUGGACAAAUUCAGUUUAGCCUAUGGAACAGGAAUGCUCAGUCUCUUGUUGAGAAAAAUGCUGGAAUAUCGAUGGUGGGUUCGAUACGAGUUGACAAUAUGUUCAUCAAGAGUAAUAUUGAGUUCAAUCUCAUGACUGAGGCAAAGCUCAACUUGGAAUCUAACAUCGACUUCUACAAUACCAUCGCCCUCUGUCUUCAACUAAGUCAGCCAGAUUCCGUAAUCAAGUACAAUGUAUUCAAAGUAGAAAGGAUACCAGGUAGUAAGCACAAACUAAGGAAAUCAAAAUAUUCAUUAAUUUCAGUUCCAGGUAAAACGUAUGCAUUGAAUCAAAAGAACAAUGAAAUGUGCAAUACCAUUUUCAAAGACUCAUAAAAUAAAUUUGUUUAUAAUGACUGCAAAUAAAUUAAAUUUUGAUUACAAAUUGU